UCGAAUCCGUACAUUACGAUCACACACAAAUCUCGAAUGAAUGAAAAGAUCAUAACAUUAAAUGGCGAAGAAAUAAUGACGGUCGCGAGCUUUCAAAGAUCACGUUCGCACGUGUUGAGACUGAUGGCGUGACCUGACUGCGAGAACCCUCAACGAUGUGUUGAGGGCAGCCCGAACGACCGAGCACAUUGUACAGACCUACAUAAUUGAUAUGUUAUGGGUUCGGGGUAAGAGUACACAGACACACAAAUUACUUGCUCGAUUCCCAAGUGAGUCGGAGUGCAUCGCGUGUUUGCGCGAGCAUUGAAGAGGAGGGGCCCGUAAUCGCUGAUAAUCAUAAUGUUAUCAAUCUAAUAUCGGUACUGAAUUAGGAAUGGCCACUUUCGGCGGUGAUUUUCAAAUUGUUUUCCUUCGACACCGGCAGCGAAGCGAUUCGGUGUCAGUUCAAAUAUUUACUCCGCGGUCAUUAUCCCGAGAGUAUAUAAGCGGUGAUUCAGCAGGACACCGUCAAACCAUGUGGACGCACGCCGUGACACUGUUGUUGGUGCUGGCAGUGACCUUGGCCGACUUUGGCCACGGUGCCAUCUACCCGGAAGACGAUACCCAGGAGAACCUGCUGACCGUGGUGCCGUGUGUGAAGCGACUGUGCGAAAAGUACUUCAAGUCGGAACGAGCCAUGAAGGGAUCGCUGGCGAUCAUUAACAUCAAACCGGACACCUCGGCGUUCCAGCUGAACAUCUUGAAGUCCUUCAACGACGAUCCGCGGCACGAGAUGGGCGUGAUGGUGAAGGACGGUCGCAAGAAGCACUGGAACGCCUCGCACGUCACGGAAAAGGCGAAAAAUUAUUUGCUUUUGAUCAGCGUAUCUUCGGAGCUUGACGCACCGAUCAACCAGCUGCGACGUCUGCCGACGUGGAAUCCGCUGGCGCAGGUCGUGGUACUGUUUACGUCCGAGAUGACUCCGCUGGUGUUUCAAAUCGAAGUGCGGAACGCUUUGCAGAAGCUGUUCGAAAACUCGGUGCUGAACGUGAACGUAAUGGUUCAGCGAUACAAUACGAGCGUGCUGGAAGUGUGGACCUGGUUUCCGUACGAGAACGGAGGUUGCGCGGACAACAUUUUGAACAUCCGGCUAAUGGACGAAUGCGAGUACGUGGAAGUUUCAAUGGAGAACGCUGCUGAUAAGAUGGACGAAAAAUCCGAGUUUAUCGCUCCGGAGUUGGAGUAUUCCAACGUUACCGCAGCUAACAGUUCGCUGGAGGUGUUCAUCGAGCAAGCGGAGCAAGCUGGAGAUUCGUUUGCGGAAACUGUGUGGUUGUUUCGCGAGAAGCACUACUUCUCGGACUACGGGCCGAAGAUUCCCAAAGACUACAACUAUUGUCCGUUGAUGAUCAGCACUCCGAUAUGGGAGCCGUUUGUCGUCGGAAACGAGACGUCCAUCGAAAAGGGUCUGGAAGUGCUGAUGAUUGAGGUGAUAACAGCUCGCAUGAAGCUCACGCCAGUGUAUCGGUUCAUCGAUCCGUUGCGCGCUGCAGCAACCAUAACGGCGGAUAAUAGUACGGGAUUCUAUGCGGAUUUGAUACAGCGUCGUACGGAUCUCAUGAUUGGAGGUUUGUACGAGAAUCCCAUCAGUAGGAGACUGCUGUCUUCGUCCAUCCCGUACUUUCAGGACGAUCUAACGUGGUGCGUUCCAACGGCUCGACAUGCUCCAAAGUGGUUGAACGUAUUCAUCAUCUUCAACGUGUGGAUCUGGCUAGUGGCAAUCAUAAUUAUCUUCGUAGCAGCCGCCAUCAUCUACUGCCUCAACCACGUCGAGCAUCGCUACCCGGAAAACUACACCUGGAUGCUCCUACAAUCGCUAGCCUUUUCCCUCAGCGUCUAUGCCCACUACUGGCCGCAACGGUUCUCCAUCCGCUUCUUCCUGGUGGGCUACAUGAUCUACGGAUUGCACUGGAGUGCGGCGUACCACAGCUUCCUGAUUUCGGUCCUAACCCGACCCAGAUUCGAACCUCAGAUUAGCACCGUUGAAGCUGCAAUGGCGAACAAGUUCCAGUUUGCCGGUCCGGAGAACACGCUAGUACACUUUGACAAGCCGGACUCCGUUUCGCGGUUCAUUACGUCCGUUUACCAGGUCUGUCCGGACCGGGAUGACUGCUUGGCAAGACUUCAUUCGGAGCGGAACCUAGCCGUCGCCAUGUCGCGAGCUCAUUCGCACAACAGCAAAAGCAUCGGCGAGGCUGAGAUAUUCUGCUUCGACCGGAAGGACAACAUCCAGACGUACUCGGUGGGCAUGAUGGUCAAGAAGGACUUUCAUUUGCUGCCCAAGAUCAACGACUUGAUCCGGCGCAUCAGCGAGUCGGGACUACUGGGCAAGUGGCAGGUCGAGAGUGACAAGAUCAGGGUGGACGAAGAUCUCGAAGACGGAGGUGGGGAUGACGGGGGCCAUGGCGAUGGACAGAUCGUGCUUAAGGUGGAACACAUCGAGGGAGCGUUCAUUUUGGGUGCGAUUGGACUCGGACUGUCAACGGUAGCAUUCAUCGGCGAAAUUGUGUACUUUAACUUCAAGAAUCGCUACAAGUGGAACGAUAGUAUGUUCAGUAGACUAUUUUGCUAAACCCCGCCUCGCUUAGCGUCACCAAUUCACCAACGCACCGAAAUCCAAUCUUGAGCGAUUGUACACGCGGUUUGACCUUGGGUCGCGAUCGACCAUUUUGGCGCAAUCAGAGGGAACCACAUUUUGGCAACCAAACUUCGCGUCGUCGGCAGAACCUUCACCAGCUUUAAUGACCAGAGGACCUCAUGGCAGGUCGGAUAUUCACACGCCAAACUGGUAACUGCGGCACGGUAUAUAUGUAAAGUGGAAAAUUGAUCACUUCGUUGAGAUCAGCGCACGCCGAACGGUGAAGAUAAUUUCUGGAGCAAAUUGAGCCAUUUAUGAGUUCCAGCGUAGAUCACAGACAGUUUUGAGGCACCUUUGAGUAACAAUUUGACACACACAAAAAGCAAAUAAGUAAAGUGGCUGUUAGCGUUAGUCAAAAUUUAGAUGCCUGAGAAGCUUAAUUGUAUCAACUGGGGUUGAUAAAUUUAGUGAGUUUUUAUUGCCUCGAAAAGUUCUAAAUUUUAAAGCAAAACUUGUUUUUUUUUACGAGAAGGUCGAAUGAAACUGGAGUCGUUAAUUUUAUAUCCAGUACCACUUUCGGAACUAUAAAAGAACACCGAAAGUUGUUUUCAGCAGGUGAAAUGUAACAAGCUAGGAAUAAUAUCAAUCGCAAUUACUCUUUUAUGGUUUAUUUAUAUAAUCCGAAACGAUUUUCAAUUCAGCAAGCCCAACUCACGAUUGAUUUCCAAAUAAAAAGCAUUCUAUGCUACACACUAUACACUUUAUUUGUGCGACCUGUUAAUUGAACUAGUCCACCUUCACCGUAUGCCAAUUGAACGCCACCCCCAACAUGGACAUCGAACAUUGAAUGCAAACAACCAAUGCGAGCAAGUAGAGGUACCAGAACAACCCCGGCGGUCCACUCUACUCUUGACACUGACCGGUCCGUAUAAA